GCUAUCUUUCGGAUGCUUUCCAGCCAGAAACAGCUAAUAUUUUCAAUCACAAAAAAUGGGAGAAGUAAAACCCGUAAAAAUGGAUACCAACUGGGCGCCAACAGAUUCAGCAACUUUGUUUGCCGAUGGGGAGCGUGUGCUCUGCUUCCAUGGGCCGCUUAUCUACGAAGCCAAAGUGCUCAAAACAAAACCAGAAACUACGCCGGUUGAGUACUACAUUCACUAUGCGGGUUGGAGCAAAAACUGGGAUGAGUGGGUUCCCGAGAGUCGAGUGCUGAAAUACAAUGACGAGAACGUCAAGCGUCAGAAGGAAGUAUCGCGGCAGUACGGCGAACGCUCCAAGAAGGACAACAAGAAGGGCAGUGCAAAAGCAAAGAAAAUGGAACAAGUUGGCAAUGAAUCUCGUGCAUCGACGCCCUCCAAAGAUGGCAACACAUCUCUGCCGUCUACUGGCGUCAGCAGCGGGAGUAGCGCAACCACCAGCACUCCGGUCACCACGGUAGCAGCCGCAACCAAAUAUGACAGCAGCAAUAGCAGCAGCACCACCACAAGCACCAGCACCAACACUACGACCGCAACUAGUCGCAGCAAUCGCAAGUCCACGCAUUCUGCCACAGCGGCGAUACGUCCAGGCACACCCAGUGGCGUCGGCACUGACAAGAAGGAAGAUGCACCAGCUGCAGCGGACAUUGCGGAUGAUGAGGUUCCUGCGCCAGCACCGCCAAAAACCAAACGCAUUAGCUCUCAAAACAGUAGCGAUCAACAGCGUACGUCCACAACUAGUAAUGGACCAGAUGCGACUACGACGACAACACCGCAACAACAGCAGACAACAGCAACAGGAACAACAACAACAGCAACAGGAGCAACGACCACAACUGCUGGUACUGCGACGACGGCGGCGGCGGUGGGGACUGCAGAAGCGCCAUGCGUGGAAAGUGAGGAAACGUACACGACAAAGUUGGAGGUUAAAAUCAAAAUACCCGAUGAACUAAAGCAUUAUCUAACCGACGAUUGGUAUGCGGUUGUGCGUGAGCACAAGCUCUUGGAGCUGCCAGCCAAGGUGACGGUGCAACAGAUAACGGAUCAGUAUUUGGCGCACAAGAAGUCCGUAAAGUCGACCAGUGCCAGCAAAGAGGUGGCAAUUAAUGAUGUACUCGAUGGCAUUAUUGAGUAUUUCAAUGUAAUGCUUGGCUCGCAGCUGCUGUACAAGUUUGAGCGUACUCAGUAUACGGAUAUUAUGCAAAAACAUCCGGACACGCCACUGUCUGAGCUAUACGGCUCAUUUCAUUUAUUGCGCCUAUUUGUACGACUGGGCUCCAUGUUGAGCUACUCGGCCCUCGAUCAACCGGCUAUGCAAACGUUGCUGGCGCAUCUUCAUGAUUUCCUCAAGUUUCUGGUGAAGAAUAGUGCCAUGUACUUUAGCAUGACAAACUUUAUUAAUGUCGAUCCGGAAUACGUGCGGAAUGCACAGUAAUUAAUUUGGACUGCACUUAUUGAUCGGCAAAUAUUUGUAUUUUUUCUAGCCUUUAAUUCGAGAGUUGUUUUUCACAACUGGCUUGUAAACAAAACAUUGAUAACAAAUUUGUAUAAACAAAUAAAAUUAAUCUAACUCUGCUCUUCUUCA